GCAGGAUCUAUAUAAGGAGCUCCGGGUUCAAAAAAGCGCCCGCUUUUGCUUGGGUCUCCGUGUGAGGAACGCUCCAGCGCCGAGGCAGCUCUCGGACCCCCAUAGCUCGCCCCCCGUCGGAGAGCCCAGAGGGCGAUCAGGCUUCUCCGUCCCUGGGUUUCUUUUUAUUUUCUGCUCGAAGUGGACAAACAGGCGGAGCCCCGAUCAAACUGGCGAGCAGUUGAUGACCAGCCACAGUGUCUCUGCUGGGUGCUGUUGCCAUCCACGGGGCUGCUGGUGUAUACAGAGGGAAGAUGGCAUUCUGGACACAGCUGGGCCUGCUGCUGUGGAAGAACUUCACCUUUCGGAGAAGGCAGACAUUCCAGCUGCUGAUUGAAAUUCUUUGGCCUUUGUUCAUCUUCUUUAUACUGAUCUCUGUGCGGCUGUCUUAUCCACCAUACGAACAACAUGAAUGUCACUUUCCCAACAAGGCCAUGCCUUCUGCUGGAACGUUGCCCUGGGUCCAGGGGAUCAUCUGUAAUGCCAACAAUCCUUGCUUCCGCUACCCAACGCCUGGAGAAUCACCGGGCAUUGUUGGAAAUUUUAACAAAUCCAUAGUUUCCCGAUUGUUCUCCGAUGCAAAGCGCUUGCUGUUGUACAGCCAGACAGACAGCAGUGUCGAGGAUGCACAGAAAGUCAUGGCGAAACUGGAGAAAGUCGGGAAGUCUGUUUCAGGUGUGAAGGUCCAGGAUUUCUUGGUUGACAACGAGACUUUUUCUGACUUCCUCCGUCACAAUGCUUCCCUGCCGCAGUUUGUUGUAGAUGAAAUCAUGAAUGCUGAGAUCAACCUCCAACAGGUCAUUAAGUCUGGCUUCCAGAUGAGGGUGAAAGACCUUUGCAAUUCGACCAAGUUCUCAGAGUUCAUCACCACCCAAAACUCGAUGUUAGAUAUGGUCACUCGUGCCUUGGUUUGCUCCAUCCCUAAAGAAACACUCGCUUCUGCAGAGAGAGCGUUUCAGGAUAAUCUAGAUUUCCUGAAGCCAGUUAUGAAAGCAAUCCCCUCCAAUUCAACUUUGCAGGAUCUGAUGGCACCUGUGGAGACUUUGAUGGCGAGCGUCGGAAAGCUGCUUAAUGUGCUGCUGAACAUGAACAGCUGGAGCGACAUGAGGCAGGAGGUGAACUUCCUUAAGAGUGCGAAUAACACCAGUUCUACCGAAAUAUAUCAGGCCGUAUCCCGGAUUGUUUGCGGCCACCCUGAAGGAGGGGGACUGCAGAUCAAGUCUCUCAACUGGUACGAAGAUCACAAUUACAAAGCUUUCUUCGGAAGCAACAACACCGACAAUGACAUGGAUGAUUUCUAUGAUAACUCUACAACACCCUACUGCAAUAACCUCAUGAAGAAAUUGGAAUCCACCCCACUUUCCAGGAUUAUAUGGAGAGCUCUGAAGCCUUUGCUUGUCGGCAAGAUCUUGUACACCCCUGACACACCGGCGACGAGGGCAGUCAUGUCUGAGGUAAACAAGACAUUCCAGGAGCUAGGUGUCUUCCGUGACCUUGGAGGGAUGUGGGAAGAGAUAAGACCCAAGAUAAAAGCUUUCAUGGAGAAUAGCCUGGAAAUGGAUCUAAUCCGGACAUUACUGAAGAAUAAGCUUCUUCCGAACCACCACUUGGUAGGUUCAGCCUGGACCAUUGAGGAUGUAACCUUGUUCUUGGCAAAGUACCCAGAGGAUGUUCACCCUGUGAAUGGCUCAAGCUACACCUGGAGGAACGCAUUCAAUGAAACAGACGGUGCUAUUUCGACAAUUUCCCACUUCAUGGACUGUGUCAAUUUGGACAAACUGGAAGCCAUGCCUAGCGAGGUGAGGCUUAUCAACAAGUCCUUGGAACUCCUACAUCAGAGGAGGUUUUGGGCCGGAGUCGUCUUCCCCAAAAUCGCUCCUAACAGCGUGAAGUUGCCUCAUCACGUCAAGUACAAGAUACGGAUGGACAUAGACAACGUGGAACGGACGAACAAAAUUAAAGACGAGUACUGGGACCCGGGUCCUCGAGCUGAUCCCUUUGAUGACAUGCGGUACAUCUGGGGAGGCUUUGCUUACUUACAGGAUGUGAUAGAACAAGCGAUCAUCCGGACUCAGACAGGCUCGGAGAAGAAAAUGGGUGUCUACAUUCAGCAGAUGCCCUAUCCCUGCUACGUGGAUGACAUAUUCCUGCGGAUCGUGAGCCGAUCAAUGCCACUCUUCAUGACUCUGGCUUGGAUCUACUCCGUGGCAGUGAUCAUCAAGGGGAUUGUAUAUGAGAAGGAAGCCCGGCUGAAAGAGACCAUGAGGAUCAUGGGACUUAACAACGGCAUCCUCUGGCUUAGCUGGUUCAUUAGCAGUUACAUCCCACUCAUGAUGAGUGCAGCCCUCCUGACGCUCAUUCUCAAGGUAGGAGACUUGCUGCCCUACAGUGACCCCAGCGUGGUGUUCAUCUUCCUGUCGAUCUUUGGCUUGGUGACCAUCAUGCAAUGCUUCCUCAUCAGCACCUUAUUCUCAAGGGCCAACAUGGCAGCAGCUUGCGGGGGGAUCAUCUACUUUACUUUGUACUUGCCUUUUGUGUUGUGCGACGCCUGGCACGACUACAUCACCUUCUCUUUCCAAAUAUUUGCGAGCCUGCUUUCUCCUGUAGCUUUCGGGUAUGGCUGCGAGCACAUUUCCCUGCUCGAAGAGCAGGGGAUUGGGGUGCAGUGGAACAACAUCUUCGAAUACACCAUGGAAAAACGCAACUACAGCCUAACCACUUCUGUGUAUAUGAUGCUCUUUGAUGCUUUGCUGUAUGGGCUGAUGACUUGGUACAUUGAGUCUGUCUUUCCAGGCCAGUUCGGCAUUCCCAGACCCUGGUACUUCCCCUUUAUGAAGUCCUACUGGUGUGGUGAGGAAUCUGGGGAACGGCAGCCUCCUUCUGUUCAGGCAGCGUCCUCCGAAAUCUGUAUGGAAGAAGAGCCGACCCAUCUUCACCUCGGGGUCUCCAUUCAGAACCUGGUGAAGGUGUACCGUAAGUGCAAGAAGGCAGCUGUUGAUGGCCUGACGCUGAAUUUCUACGAAGGACAGAUUACCUCCUUCCUGGGACACAAUGGAGCUGGGAAGACGACCACCAUGUCCAUCUUGACUGGAUUAUUCCCCCCAACGUCGGGCACAGCCUUCAUCCUGGGUAAAGACAUCUGUUCCGAACUCAGCGCCAUUCGACAGAAUCUGGGUGUCUGUCCCCAGCACAAUGUCCUGUUUGAUGAGUUGACAGUGGAGGAGCACAUUUGGUUUUACGCACGCCUGAAGGGGCUGUCGGAGACGUUGGUGAAAAAGGAAAUGGAGCAGAUGGCCACAGACGUUGGCUUGCCCCACAAACUCAAAACGAAGACAAGUCAACUCUCCGGCGGCAUGCAGAGGAAGCUCUCGAUAGCUCUGGCCUUCGUAGGUGGCUCUAAAGUCGUCAUUCUGGAUGAGCCCACGGCUGGCGUCGAUCCGUAUUCUCGCAGAGGGAUCUGGGAGCUCCUUCUGAAAUAUCGCGAAGGCCGCACCAUCAUUCUGUCGACACAUCACAUGGACGAGGCGGACAUUCUCGGAGACCGAAUCGCCAUCAUAUCUCAUGGCAAACUGUGCUGUGUUGGAUCUUCACUGUUCCUGAAAACCCAGCUGGGGACAGGCUAUUAUCUGACUUUAGUCAAGAAGGAUGUGGAUUCUUCACUGAGUUCCUGCAGAAACAGCAGCAGCACAGUGUCUUACCUGAAAAAGGAUGACAGCGUGUCCCAGAGUAGCUCCGAUGCUGGGCUUGGCAGUGACCAUGAAAGCGACACCCUGACAAUAGAUGUGUCUGCGAUUUCCAAUCUCAUCAUGAAGCACGUCCCCGAAGCGAGGCUGGUGGAGGACAUCGGCCACGAGCUGAGCUACGUCUUGCCCUACGAAGCAGCGAGAGAUGGAGCUUUUGUGGAGCUGUUUCAUGAGAUCGACGACCGCCUCUCUGACCUGGGGAUUUCCAGCUACGGCAUUUCUGAGACGACUCUGGAAGAGAUCUUUCUCAAAGUAGCAGAGGACAGUGGUGUGGAUGCAGAGACCUCAGACGGCACAUUGCCUGCCAGAAGAAACCGUGUCUUUGGAGACAGGCAAAGCUGCCUUCGUCGAGUCACAGAAGAUGAUACCCUUGACCCCAAUGAUUCCGACAUAGAUCCAGAAUCCCGAGAAACUGACCUGCUGAGUGGGAUGGAUGGAAAAGGAUCCAGCCAGGUGACAGGGUGGAAGCUCACCAAGCAGCAGUUUGUGGCUCUGCUCUGGAAAAGACUGCUUAUUGCCAAGCGCAGCAGAAAGGGCUUUUUUGCUCAGAUCAUUCUCCCAGCGGUCUUCGUUUGCAUUGCUCUCUUGUUCAGUUUGAUCGUACCCCCCUUUGGGAAAUAUCCCAACCUGGAAUUGCAACCGUGGAUGUAUGAUGACCAAUUCACGUUUAUCAGCAAUGACGGUCCAGAAGACACCAGCGCUCAGGAGCUGUUGAAUGCUCUCCUCGAUCAACCCGGCUUUGGGACGCGCUGCAUGAAAAAUUACUCCAUCCCUGGUACUCCUUGCUCUGUGAAGAACGGGGACUGGAGCACUGAUCAGUUGACCGAGGCAGACAGGGAAAUCUUUCAAAACGGCAAUUGGACUAUGGAGAACCCCUCCCCGUGUUGCAUCUGUAGCAGCGAGAACAUAAAGAUGAUGCUUCCUCUGUGUCCUCCCGGGGCUGGCGGUUUGCCUCCUCCCCAGAGAGUGCAGAACACCACAGACAUCCUGCAGAACCUGACGGGGCGCAACAUUUCUGAUUACCUGGUGAAAACCUAUGCACCGACCAUUAGGAAAAGUUUGAAGAAUAGGCUCUGGGUGAAUGAAUUCAGGUAUGGGGGCUUUUCGUUGGGAGCCAGCAGCUCCCUUGUGCUUCCUCGACGUGAAGAAGUUAACGAUGCCAUCAAGCAAGUGAAGAAAAUCUUGGAAAUAGCCAAGGGGAGCUCUGGAGAACGCUUUCUUAACAGUUUGGGGAGCUUCAUGAAGGGCAUGGACACACAGGAUAAUGUAAAGGUGUGGUUCAAUAACAAAGGCUGGCAUGCGGUCACCUCCUUCCUCAAUGUGAUGAACAAUGCCAUCCUCCGGGCCAACCUGCAGAAUGGAGAGGAUCCCAGCACCUACGGCAUCACGGCCUACAACCACCCGCUGAACCUCACCAAGCAACAGCUCUCUGAAGUUGCCUUGAUGACUACAUCAGUGGAUGUUUUGAUCUCCAUCUGCGUCAUCUUUGCCAUGUCCUUUGUUCCGGCCAGCUUUGUGGUUUUCUUGAUCCAGGAACGAGUCAGCAAGGCCAAGCACCUGCAGUUCAUCAGUGGCGUGAAGCCAUUUAUCUACUGGCUGGCAAACUUUGCGUGGGAUAUGUGCAACUACGUUGUUCCAGCUACCUUGGUCAUUAUCAUCUUCAUCUGCUUCCAGCAGAAAUCCUACGUGUCCUCAACCAACCUGCCCGUAUUGGCUCUUCUCCUCUUGCUCUAUGGGUGGUCCAUCACACCUCUUAUGUACCCAGCAUCCUUUGUGUUCAAGAUCCCCAGUACGGCGUACGUGGUGCUGACCAGCGUGAACCUCUUCAUUGGUAUCAAUGGGAGCGUGGCCACUUUUGUCCUUGAGCUUUUCACCAGCAAUAAGCUGAACAACAUCAAUGACAUCCUGAAGUCGGUGUUCCUCAUCUUCCCCCACUUCUGUCUGGGCCGUGGCUUGAUUGACAUGGUGAAAAAUCAGGCGAUGGCAGAUGCCCUGGAGAGGUUUGGCGAGAACCACUUUGUCUCUCCUCUCUCCUGGAAUCUGGUGGGCCGGAACCUUUUUGCCAUGGCCGUGGAAGGUGCCGUCUUCUUCCUCAUCACAGUGCUUAUCCAGUACAGGUUCUUUAUCAAACCCAGGCCUGCAAACGCCAAGCUUCUGCCCGUGACUGAAGAGGAUGAGGAUGUGAACAGAGAAAGGCAGAGGAUCCUCGGCGGUGGCGGGCAGAGCGACAUCUUAGAAAUCAAGGAAUUAACCAAGAUAUACAGAAGGAAGCGAAAGCCUGCCGUGGAUAGGAUCUGCGUUGGAAUUCCACCUGGGGAGUGCUUUGGUCUCCUGGGGGUCAAUGGAGCUGGCAAAUCCUCCACUUUCAAGAUGUUGACUGGAGACACCGAUGUCACAGGAGGAGAUGCUUUUCUUAAUGGAAAGAGUAUUUUGUCUAACAUCCAAGAGGUCCAUCAGAAUAUGGGUUACUGUCCUCAGUUCGAUGCCAUUCAUGAGCUGCUGACAGGAAGAGAGCACCUGGAAUUCUUUGCACUCUUAAGAGGGGUUCCUGAGAAAGAGGUCUGCAAGGUUGGCGAAUGGGCCGUUCGUAAGCUAAGCCUCAUGAAGUAUGCAGAAAAAUACGCCGGCACCUACAGCGGUGGGAACAAGCGCAAACUGUCCACUGCAAUUGCCCUAAUUGGGGGGCCUCCGGUGGUGUUCCUGGACGAGCCAACCACAGGAAUGGAUCCCAAGGCUCGCCGUUUCCUUUGGAACUGUGCCUUGAGCAUCAUUAAGGAGGGAAGAUCUGUGGUCCUUACCUCGCACAGCAUGGAAGAAUGUGAGGCCCUAUGCACUCGAAUGGCAAUCAUGGUCAAUGGGCGAUUCAGGUGUCUUGGCAGUGUCCAGCACCUGAAGAACAGGUUUGGAGAUGGCUACACAAUAAUAGUGCGAAUAGCAGGGGCAAACCCCAACCUGAAGCCUGUUCAAGACUUCUUUGAGCUGGCUUUUCCAGGCAGCGUGCUGAAGGAGAAGCAUCGCAACAUGCUGCAGUAUCAACUCCCAUCCUCUCCAUCUUCUCUGGCCAGGAUAUUUAGUGUCCUCUCCCAGAACAAAAAGAGACUCCACAUAGAAGACUACUCCGUUUCCCAGACCACACUUGACCAAGUAUUUGUAAACUUUGCCAAGGACCAAAGUGAUGAUGACCACACAAAAGACUUGUCAUUGCACAAAAACCAGACUGUUGUAGACGUUUCAGCUCUGACUUCCUUUUUGAAAGAUGAGAAAGUAAAGGAAAGCUAUGUAUGAGCAGCCCUUUUGAGAAGGGUCCGGCAGCAGUACUGCACAGAAGGGGAGACAUUUAUCUGUUCUGUAGCAUGGGGGAGAUCUUCCCAAAAGCAAAGAGACCGAGGAGACAGAGCGGAAGAGAAUAAACCGGGCGUUCUACUGGUAACCAUUCAACGCAAUGCAACUCAAUGCAAAGAAAACAAUAUUCCAUUAGAGAGGCGGUGCCUCUCGGAGAUGUUGCCUUGUACUGUUCUCUAGUGAAAGACUUGAAUCUAGUUGUUCUUACUUUAUAACUCUGUGAAAUUCUAGUAUGGUGCCACUUGCGACUAUGUGGCCUUCUGCCAUACGCUCAACUUGUUUCUACUUAGGAUGUUUUUGGUUAGGGGCUGCGCAACAGCAACUCAGAGGGUUCUUGGCCGGUGAUUAUUUAUUUGCCACGUUAAAGCAGGCAUAGCCCUUCCACAGGGUAGGUGGAACUGCUUGGGUGCUACAUCCAUUGCUGGCAAUGAAUGCAUCAACGUGACCAGUGCCAAGCAGUACCCAACCGAAGGCAUCGCUGUGGCCUUAUUUAAGUAUUAGCCGUUGGCCUGGUUAAUCUGCACAAGUCCAAGGGGACUUGUAGAAAGACCAUCGGUGGUCUUAACAGUGGGCCACGAAGCACACCAUCUCAAAAUAUGCAUACACAUAAUUCAGUGUUCAUUGUUAGGGUGUAGCAAAACUUAACUACCAACCAUGCAAAUAUUUGAGAGGAUUUCUACCCCACUGGUAUGGUGACCAAUCACUUAUCCCUCCACUGUGCUUUUGUGGAGCUGUUGCUUUCCUCCCCAGCUUUUAUUACUUAAGACUCAUGUUUGAUAUGUUUAUUUUCUUUGCAAUAGUAUUAUUUAUAGAAGUGACUCAGCAACGUUUGUGGAGCCCUGGACCAUCUCCGUGUCCCUACCUGUCAGUUACCUUUAAUAGUAUGUCUAUAUUGCCAAUGUAUUACAUUCAGUAUCUAGAUGAAAACAUUAAAGGAUGUUUAUAGCAGAGCAAUCACCACUACCACCAUUUUUAGUUGACAUAAAGUUCACAGCAUUGGGUUUUCCUACACAAGAUGCCAAACCAUAGGACGGCCCUCUCUUACCCUGCACAGCAGUCAUUGCCCUUUUAAGUCUCUAGUUAAAGCGGAAGGAAAAUGGCACUGGCUCCUCCCACCCCAUUUACAUCUAUCCUUCCCUUCAGCUGCCAGUGUGGCAACACCUGGUGAUCUCCCACUUCCACUGGAGAUUGAAGAUCAACUGCCUCAGAGUUUGAGGGUACGAGUGGAAAUCCCAGGCAGCAGAUUAAUAGAUGGCACCAAUUCAAAAAUAUGAGGUAGGCUCAGUUUUAAAGGCGACUUGCAAAAGAACUGCUCCUUUAAGAAGCAGCGUCAACGGUUUUCACAAGUCAAUCAAGCAGGUACUUUUACAGCAAAAGCUAGUUGGAUGGGCAGGGGAAGGAAGAUGGCUGUGUUUCUUAUAAACACUGGAGUACCUUUUAAAAAAAAGCUUGGGUUUAUGAAACAUCUUAAUGGGCGAAAUCCAACAUUGCGGGACUGAAGUUCUGCUCACGCAAUAAGACUUCCUCUUUCCGACUGCAGCCUGUGUACCCUCCCAAACUCUGCUCCAGUGAGUCCCCAACCCACCAGAACAACUUUGCAGGUACAUAGGGAGCUGCAGGGAGGGUGUAGAAAUUGCCCCCACCCACCCAUUCCACUGAUGAAAGCCAUUCUAUCAAUGGGAUACAUUAAUUGGAUUCCACCCCAUGUCUGCAACUUCAAUAGGGAUUACAUUCAUGCCCCCAUCAGGCACAAUCCUGAAAACAUUAGUUGCAACUAAGUCCUUCUAAACGCAGUCGGACAUGAAUUUAGAUCCUACACAUUAUUUUCUUUUCUGUCCCCAGCCAUAACAUGCCUGUAGUUCUUAUACCUCAAAAGCUGCUUUCUUCUCCACCACAGAUAUUCUGAAGUUAGAAUUCAAUCAUUUAUUUGGCAAUAUUAUUACACAGGACACACAUUGGUCAUGUCUUGGUAUAAGAUUAAAAAGAACCAAGAGAUUCAUCCUUCCUUACAGAACCAGGAGUGCUCUUUUAUAGUAUAUUGUUUAAGAUAAACUUGGAAUACUGCCCAAGAGAGAUAAUCCAUACGAAGUUAACUAGGUAACAGCAUAAUCUUCUACAUGCCUACUAAAAAAUAAACCUACUCCCAUAUAAGCAGGGAUAGGAUUGUUAUGCAUACUUAUCUGGGAGUUCCUUCUGAGAAGACAUCUAGAGGAUUGCACUGUAAGUCCCAUUGUUUUCAAUGGGAAAGAUUUACGCACAGGCUUCUUGUGUAAAACAAUGGUUCUUGGAAGCGCUUCUUCCGAGGAGUGGGGAUCCAACUUUGAACGCUAAGUACUACGUACAGUAGUUGCCUCAAAAUAUUAAACCAUUUACACAGGUUUACCUUUGUGUGGGGUGUGGGUUAGUCAAACUUAUCCUCAGUGCUACAUGUGUCACGAUAUAAAACCACUGAUCAUGGAACUGUGUUGAGAACAUUUACCACCUCAUUGUGUAUGUGGUGAAGUCGCUGCAUCCCUCUGCAGUUAUUUGUACGGCUGUAGAGGCUCUUUCCUACAAAUACUUUUCUUAUAGAAGUAAUACUUACGGCAAACCUGUAUUACUGCACUUUUCCUUCUAACCCUGCUUCAAACUACCCUCCUUUUAAAACGGUUGGUCCUUCAUUCCAAGCACUUUAUGCUAGCUGUAAUGGGAUCUAUUUUUGCACUGGAAUACCUUAUUCAUUUUGCAAAAAACUAAAGCAGUUUCACACACACAAACACAAAAAAAUAAGUUAAAACGUUUGAAUGGACAUUUUCAUGAAAAACAAAUAUUCGUAUUGCUAAUAACUAUUUGUGAAAUAUUAGUAGAUAUUUGUUAAUUGCCUUGUAUCAAGUAAAACAAUAAAAUAAAGUGUUGCUGGUCUACAA